AUGGCUGAUUCUUCUUUUGAAAUCGACUUCUCCUCUUCGUUAAACUACCACACGCCGGCUUCACGCUAUGCCUCGAGUACUACUUUCACGACACGCAGAUUUGCUGGAGUGCCCCACACCACUCCGAGGAGGCUCAGCCAUCGUCCUCCAUCGACGCCUUUUUCCACCGACGAUGAUAUGUGUAAGUCAGGCAUUAGGCCGACUCUCGCUAGUGAAUUUUAUCUUUCUCGCACUUCUGGAGGGCUUCGAAGCUUUGCGAAUUCGAGCUACGAGUUUUCAGGUUACGGAGCUGUGCUUUCAGGGAGGCUUGAGCUUCAAAGCUAUGUCACUAGAGACGAUGACAGUUCGUCGCAUCUCCCUUUCCGAGAUCAUAGUCGGUCUAAUCAUGAUAUUUCGAGGCUGGCUACUAUUAGAGAAAGCAGCAGUAGGAACAGUCGGAGUCCUUUGCUCGAUGUUGACGAGCUUAGCUCUAUAGAUUAUGACACUCGAGAAGAUGAGAGACGAUUAGGGCUGUCACGGACCAAUCGUAAUGUUCAUGCUGGCACCGGUUCCUAUUGUUCUUCGGUUUCAGAGGCGUAUACAGAUGCUGAUCGGGAUGAUGAUUCGCUAGGGGGGCACCAUCAGCAUGGUAGAUGCCAUCACAUGAGACACAAGCUGAAUAAUGACAUCGAUCUAGUAAUGCAGCAUGAGCUUGCUUGUCACGAUGGUCGGAAAUCAACUAACCAUCAUUCCCAUGGUAAUCAUCAAUAUGAUGACCUUAGCUUUUCAAUGGAUUUUAGUGAAGAUAGUAUUACAGGGCAUGGUCACGGUCAUGGAUUAUCGCAUCACAGUGUUCAUAAUAAUCUUGAUGGUCAUCGAUUCGGUGUUCAUAGUAAUCACGGUCAUGGAUUAUCACAUCACAGUGUUCAAAUGAGACACAAGUUGGAAGGUCUUGACCAUAACUUGCAAUCAGCAAGCCAUCAAUUCGGUGGUGAUCAUAAGUAUUCAACAAACUGGGAUAUAGUACUUGUGAUUUUGGGUUGUUUGGGAGCCUUAAUCAAUGGGGGUUCACUUCCUUGGUAUUCUUUUCUGUUUGGUAAGUUUGUCAAUAAGAUUGCGAAGGAAUCAAAAGGUGACAAAACACAGAUGAUGAAGGAUGUUCAGAUGAUAUGCCAAUUUAUGUCUCUCUUGGCAGUAAUAGUGGUGAUUGGAGCGUACUUAGAAAUCACCUGCUGGAGGCUGGUCGGGGAACGUUCGGCUCAACGGAUUAGAACAAAGUACUUGAGAGCAGUUUUGAGACAAGACAUCAGUUUUUUCGACACCGAAGUUCUCACCGGUGACAUUAUGCAUGGUAUUUCAAGUGAUGCUGCUCAAAUCCAGGAAGUUAUGGGAGAGAAGGUAACCCGAAAAGUUCGAACUUUUCACGCUUCUUUCACUGCCAACUGCGGUUACACAGUCUGGUUUAUAGCAGCAUGGAAAGUGGCAUUGGUGGUUUUUUCUGUUACCCCACUAAUGAUGUCUUGCGGCAUCGCUUACAAGGCAAUUUACGGCGGUCUCACGGCAAAGGAAAAGGUUUCUUACAGGAAAGCAGGUACCAUUGCAGAGCAAGCAAUUGGUUCGAUUAGAACUGUAUUUUCUUUUGUUGUUGAGGAAAAUUUGGCAGCAAGAUAUGGUGAAUUAUUUUCGAAAUCGGUACCUCUUGGUGCGAAGAUUGGGUUUGCCAAGGGUGCCGGAAUCGGGGUCAUUUAUUUGGUUACAUAUUCAACAUGGGAGUUAGCCUUUUGGUAUGGUUCGAUCUUGGUUGCUCGAAACGAGAUCACCGGUGGUGAAGCCAUUGCUUGCUUCUUUGGUGUCAAUGUUGGGGGAAGGGGCUUGGCAUUAUCACUGACAUAUUUUGCUCAAUUCACUCAAGGCACCAUAGCGGCUGCUCGAGUGUUUGAUAUUAUAGACAGGGUUCCAGAGAUAGACCUUUAUAAUCCUGAAGGAAGGAUGUUGUCAAGUGUUCGAGGAAAGAUCGAGUUUAAAGGUGCAACUUUUGCUUAUCCAUCUCGUCCUGAUACUACAAUUCUCCGUUCUCUCGAUUUAGUUAUCCAAUCAGCGAAGACGCUUGCAUUGGUUGGAGCAAGUGGAGGUGGCAAGUCUACCAUCUUUGCUCUCAUCGAGAGGUUCUACGAUCCCAUAAAAGGAACAAUAACCUUGGAUGGCCAUGAUUUGAGGACACUGCAAGUGAAGUGGCUAAGAAGGCAAAUUGGCAUCGUCGGACAAGAGCCGAUUCUCUUUGCCACAACGAUAUUGGAAAAUGUGAUGAUGGGAAAGGACGAUGCCACCAAGAAAGAAGCUGUUGCAGCUUGUGUUGCUGCCAAUGUUCAUGGUUUCAUCUAUGAUCUUCCACUAGGAUAUGAUACUCAGGUGGGAGAAAAGGGAACUCAAUUAUCAGGUUGUCAAAAGCAGAGAAUCGCUAUAGCUCGUGCGUUGAUUAAAGAUCCGAGAAUCCUUCUCUUAGAUGAGCCUACCAGUGCUGAUGCUGAAGGCGAGGCAGUUGUCCAACAAGCAAUUGACAAGAUUUCUAAGGGAAGAACAACAGUGGUCAUUGCUUACAGGCUAGCAACGGUAAGAAAUGCCGACACAAUUGUUAUUCUCGACAAUGGAUCGGUUGCCGAGGCUGGUAGCCAUCACCAGCUAAUGCAAAGAGAAGGAGCCUAUUAUAAACUUAUCAAGCUUGCUUCUGAAGCAAUAUCAAACCCUGAACCAAAAGAGACACAUGCUCAAAAGGGAACUGAGUUUUCCAAGAAUGAGAAAUCGGACUAUGAAACAUUGAGAUCGCCGUCUGCGUAUGAUAUUUCACAGUCGAAGUACUUGAAGUCGAUCCAAGUAGUUAACCAAGUAGAGGAGGAAAUGAAACAAAAGCAAAAGCCUAGAGAAUAUCAAAUUUCGAAGAUAUGGUCUCUACAAAGACCAGAGCUCGUCAAGCUUUUACUCGGUUUUCUUUUCGGUAUCCAUGCAGGUGCUAUUCUCUCCAUUUUCCCCUUGUUUAGAGGCAUAGCUCUUCAAGCUUACUUUGAUGAUACUCCAAAAGAGUUGAAGAAAGAAGUUAACAAGCUCGCCUUAGCUCUCGUCGGCCUAGGCUUCGGUUCUAUAAUUACCUUGACUGGACAACAAGGUUUCUGUGGUUGGGCUGGAACAAAGCUGACACUAAGGGUGAGAGACCUCUUAUUUCGUUCGAUACUUAAACAAGAACCUGGCUGGUUCGAUUUUGAGGACAAAUCCACUGGAAUCCUUGUUUCAAGACUCUCAAUUGAUCUCAGCUUUCGAUCGGUCUUUGGGGAUCAGUACUCAGUCUUGUUGAUGGGUGUGAAUGCAGCUGCAGUGGGGCUUGGCGUCUCGUUUUACCUUGAAUGGAGAUUAGCUAUCGUGGCUGCUGCCGUUACACCUUUUACUCUCGGUGCAAGCUACUUGAAUUUGAUUAUAAACAUUGGACCAAGGUUAGAUAAUAAAGCAUAUGACAAAGCUAGCAACAUCGCUUCCGGUGCAAUUUCGAAUAUAAGGACAGUGGCAACAUUUUCUUCACAAGAAGAGAUAGUUAAGUCCUUUGAUAGAGCUUUAUCCGAACCUAGGAAACAAUCAGUGAAAAGGUCACAAAUUCUAGGCCUCACACUCGGUUUCUCUCAAGGUGCAAUGUAUUGUGCAUACACUUUGACACUUUGGUAUGGUGCCUACCUUAUGAAACAAGGCCAUACGGGUUUCGGUGAUGUAUAUAAAAUCUUUCUCAUUCUUGUGUUAAGCUCGUUUUCAGUCGGACAACUAGCAGGCCUUGCACCAGACACCACCAGGGCCGCGACAGCAAUACCUGCCGUGUUCGAUAUCCUCGAUCGGAGGCCAUUGAUUGGUAACUUCCGAGAUAAAGUUAGAAAAGUCGAAUUGUCGAAGCCACUGGAUAUCGAAUUGAAAAAGGUGACAUUCGCUUAUCCAUCUAGGCCUCAAGUGAUUGUGUUGAGGGACUUCUGUUUAAAGGUCAAGGGUGGUAGCACAGUGGCAUUGGUAGGCGGAAGCGGGUCGGGGAAAUCGACAGUGAUAUGGUUGGUACAAAGGUUUUAUGAUCCGAUCGAAGGGAAAGUAAUGAUGGGAGGCAUAGAUUUGAAGGAGCUCAACUUGAAAUGGUUGAGAAAACAAAUAGCCAUGGUGGGUCAAGAGCCUGCUUUGUUUGCUGGAAGUAUAAGGGAAAACUUCGCAUUUGGGAACCUGAAUGGCUCGUGGAGUGAGAUCGAAGCGGCUGCAAAGGAAGCUUACAUCCACAAGUUCAUUAGUAGUCUCCCUGAAGGCUAUGAAACUCAGGUCGGGGAGAGCGGGGUACAGUUAUCGGGUGGUCAAAAACAAAGGAUAGCAAUAGCAAGGGCCAUACUGAAGAAAUCAAGGGUUUUGCUUCUUGAUGAAGCAAGCAGUGCCCUGGACUUGGAAUCAGAGAAACAUAUCCAGGAUGCACUUAGAAGGGUUUCACAGAGUGCCACCACGAUCAUCAUCGCACACCGGCUGUCCACGAUCCGGGAAGCCAAUAUGAUCGCUGUUGUCAAAGAUGGCGCAGUUGUCGAACAUGGCAGCCAUGAGAAGCUUUUAUCUUCACAUGCCAACGGUGUUUAUGCGAGUUUGGUUCGAGCCGAAAGAGAAGCUAAUACCUUUGGUUGAGAUAGGGAUUUUUCUUUGCUUCUUUUACAAGUUCUUGGUUUCUGCUAUUGAUUUG